UGAAAACUGGAAGCAAGGGCACAACAGCAGCCAGCAGGCCUCCGUCUCCCACUCCCACUCCCACUCCCACUCCCGCACGCUGUAUCUCUUUUCCACUCCCAGGGCAAGUCGGCAACUGACCAACGGUGGCAACUGGCAAGCCGCCUGUGCACUGCGACCGUGCGACGACUGCAGCUUUCCACGGUCUGUCGGUCCAUCCCUGACGCCAUGCAAGUUGCGACUGCGUGCGUCCGCCCUUAACUUCCGGCCGUCUCCAAACUCCAAUCCAUUCACAAUCCACUCGACUGCCGUCUUCUUGAAUCUUGAAGUUAUGGACAAAUACUUUAAACGAAAAUCUACGCAUUCCUGUGACGAUCAAAAUAUCAUUGAAAGGAACGUUCGAGAGAAAAGGGAUCAAAAUAAUGUUGAUGUUGAUAUUGAUGUUGAUGUUGGAGAUGUUGGGGAUGUUGAUGUUGCACAGCUUCCUUUGGAUCCUGGAUUAAGAGUUCCAAUACAGAAUUAUGAUGUUAACGUUCAAGACGUGAUUCGAACAGCAUAUAUGCAAAGGGGUCCUUGUCAGCCUCGCAGUCAUGCAUUUCCAUCCACAAGAAUGGGUAACAAAGAUAGGCGGUUUUGUGUUUCGUGGUAUAAUGAGCAUCCUACUUGGUUGGAAUAUAGUAUAGCAAAAGAUGCAGUGUUUUGCUUUUACUGCUAUCUUUUCAGUUUGAGUGGUGGUUCAUUUGUUAAAGAAGGAUUUUCGAAUUGGAAAAAGAAAGAAUAUAUUAGAAAACACGUUGGGGCUUCAAGUAGUGCACACAAUCAAGCUCGGGUGAAAUAUGAAUUGUUCAAGAAUCAAAAACAAAGUAGUCGAACCUGUCUGGUUAAGCAAUCUCAUCAAGCUCGAACUGAUUUUCAAAUUCGAUUGAAUGCAUCAAUUGAUUGUGUUAGAUUUCUUCUACGUCAAGGGAUGGCAUUUCGUGGAUACGAUGAAUCCGAAGAUUCAAACAAUCAAGGAAAUUUUCUUAAACUAUUGCAUUGGCUGUGUGAUCAUAAUGCUGAGAUUAAGGCCGUUGCUUUAUUGAAUGCGCCCGAGAAUUUCAAAUUAACAUCACCAAGAGUGCAAAAAGAUAUUGUGAGUGCUAUUGCUUCUGAAUGUCUACAUGUGAUUAUCAAAGAUGUUCGUGACAGUUUCUUCUCAAUUUUAGUUGAUGAAUCUCGAGACAUUUCAAUGAAGGAGCAAAUGUCAGUUAUCAUUCGUUAUGUGAAGAAUGGGUGUGUAUUGGAACAUUUUAUUGGUGUCAUUCAUGUUUUGAGUAUCACGGCCGCCUCACUUAAGGUUGCAAUUGAUCAAUUAUUCUCAACGCACAACUUAAGCAUAUCUAAUUUGAGAGGUCAGGGAUAUAAUGGAGCUAGUAACAUGCGAGGUGAAUAUAAUGGCCUCAAAGCACUUAUUUUGAAAGAAAACCCAAGUGCUUACUACAUUCAUUGCUUUGCUCAUCAACUUCAACUAGCUCUUGUAGUUGUGGCACAGAAACAUCCAAAUAUUGAAACUUUCUUCACUAUAGUACACAAAUUGGUGAAUAUUGUUGGGGGAUCAGCUAAACGGAAUGACCUUAUUCAAGAGAACCAAAGAUUGAAAAUUCUUGAAUCACUUAGUAUUAGUGAAAUAUCAAGCAGAUGGGGUCUCAAUCAAGAAAUUACACUUCAGCGUCCUGGUGAUACACGUUGGGGCUCUCACUAUAGUUGUUUAAUUAACUUAAUUGUCAUGUUUCCAACUAUAGUCGACGUUAUUGAGAUGAUUGCUACCGACACUACAAGUACCGGAACAAGAGGUGAUGCAUGUAUUUCGUUGGAGUUGAUGUUAAGAUUUGAAUUUGCAUUUAAUCUACAUCUCAUGAAAAUAAUUUUAGGGAUUUCAAACGAAUUGUCAAGAGUAUUGCAAAGAAAAGAUCAAGAUAUUGUUAAUGCUAUGAGAUUGGUGCAAAUAUGUAAAGCCCAGCUUCAAGCUAUGAGGGAUGAUGGAUGGGAUUCCUUUUUUGAAUUGGUUUGUUCGUUCUGUGAAACUCACUCGAUCAAUGUUCCCAAUAUGAAUGAUAUGUUCAUAACUUUAGGUCGUUCACAGCGUGAGACAGUGACAAAUUUGCAUCAUUUUCGUGUGGAAAUGUUUUAUGCCGUCAUCGAUAUGCAACUUCAAGAGUUGAAUGAUCGUUUUUCUGAGAUAAACAAUGACUUGCUCCUUUGUGUUGCGUGCUUGUCUCCAAAUGAUUCAUUUACUGCCUUUGACAAGACCAAAGUGUUGCGACUAUGUCAGUAUUAUCCAGUAGAUUUUGAUGCAGUAGAUAUCUUAAAACUUGAAGAUCAACUAGAUACAUAUAUUCUUGAUAUGCGCACUUUCGGAGAGUUUGAAGGAUUACAAGGCAUUAGUGAUCUUGCACAGAAGUUGGUUGCAAAAAAUAAACAUAAGAUGUAGUACCAGGGGAUAGAUCUUGUUAAUACUCAUUGCAGUCACACGAGGUUGGAUGGAUCAAGACUAUUAAGAAAUCUGUUGAAGAAUUCGUUGGAAAUUACCAAUGCAGUUUGUUUAUAAGAACCCUUGUGACAAAUGGGGUGCAAGCAAGUAUGCAGUUGCAAAACCUUCACACACGCCCCUUGUCAAGCUCUUAGCUACUUUUAUUAUCAACUAAUUGCUAUUUUCUGAUUUCAUUUUUUUUUUUUUUUUAACGGUUUACAUGUAAGAGCAUUGAGAUUAUAUUGACCACUUGAUUUUUGUAUAUAUUCCCCUUUACAAUCUAAAUUAUUCUUGCGACAUGGUUCAUAUUAGGUCCGGUUAAUGCACGAGUCAGGUUAUGAGCUUGGAAACUUAGAUGCCACUUUGAUUCUGCAAAGAACUAAAGUAAGCCCGCACAAGGAGGCGAUCUGGGCUAAUUCGUGCGAGUUACUUGGUGCAGACCCUUAAGUUGUAAACCUGAAAGCGAAAACUCACGAGAAAGUUGACAGUCUUGGGGACAAUGGGAGUGUUGCAGCACAUACGGUGGUUCUCCUUACGAGGAAGUAUUAGGCAGGUUUGAAGUCACAAUGUUAGGAUUGUAUGUGUUACUGCUAGUGGAUAUUCAAUUGCGUAGUUCUUACAGUUGACCUAAAAGAUGCAAUUGAUAGUCCAAAUGUACGAGAAAUUGUACUGAUAAUGAAUCACAAUAUAAUUAAGACUGUGUGCAUAGAUUUUACCGGUUGUGUCACAUACACAAUGAUUUUACAUAACAGUUUACAUACAUGUGAUGUGGAAAGAUAUGAUUGGAUUA